CGCAUCGCUCCCGGCUCCAUGGCGCCGGCCGAGGCCGUGAUGCGGCUGCUCCUGGGCUCCGCGGCGCUGUGGCUCUCGCUGCUCGACGCCGGAACAGCCUCCGCGUCCAAGGCGGUGACGGCCCACUUGGCCGCGAAGUGGCCGGAGACGCCGCUGCUGCUGGAGGCGAGUGAAUUUAUGGCAGAAGAAAGUAAUGAAAAAUUUUGGCAGUUUUUGGAAACUGUAAAAGAAUUAGCAAUUUAUAAGAAAACAGAAUCAGAUUAUUCUUACUACAACUUAAUCUUGAAGAAAGCGGGACAGUUUUUAGACAAUUUACACAUCAAUCUAUUAAAGUUUGCUUUAUCUAUAAGGACAUACUCUCCGACUAUUCAGAUGUUUCAACAGAUUGCAGCUGAGGAGCCACCACCAGAUGGUUGUAAUGCAUUUGUGGUUAUUCAUCAGAAGCACACCUGUAAAAUAAAUGAGAUUAAAAAGCUGCUUAAGAAGGCUACUUUAAGGCCAGGACCUUAUCUGUUUAAAGGAGAUCACAAAUUUCCCACAAACAAAGAAAACUUACCAGUGAUUAUUCUUUAUGCAGAAAUGGGUACCAGAGCAUUUGGUCAGUUUCACAAAGUAUUGUCUGAAAAAGCUCAAAAUGAGGAAAUUCUUUAUGUUCUUCGCCAUUAUAUUCAGAAACCAAGCUCACGGAAAAUGUACUUAUCUGGCUAUGGUGUGGAGCUAGCGAUUAAGAGUACAGAGUAUAAAGCAUUGGACGAUACCCAAGUUAAAGAUACAGCUGCGACUAAUACUACUGUAGAAGACGAGAUUGGAGCAAAUGAAGUUCAAGGAUUUCUCUUUGGGAAGCUCAAAGAAAUAUACUCCGACCUUAAGGAUAAUCUGACAGCAUUCCAAAAAUACCUUAUUGAGAGUAACAAAGAAAUGAUGCCUUUGAAAGUCUGGGAACUACAAGAUCUAAGUUUUCAAGCAGCUUCUCAGAUAAUGUCCACUCCAGUUUAUGAUGCCAUAAAAUUAAUGAAAGACAUUUCACAGAACUUCCCCAUAAAAGCCAGGUCUCUAACCAGAAUUCCUGUAAGUCACCAGAUGAGGGAAGAAAUACAGAAAAAUCAAAAGGAUCUCCGUGAUAGAUUUGAAAUUCAGCCUGGUGAUGCUCGCUUAUUUAUAAAUGGCCUUCGUGUUGAUAUGGAUGUUUAUGAUCCUUUUAGUAUUCUGGAUAUGCUGAAAUUAGACGGAAAAAUGAUGAAUGGCCUUCGUAAUCUUGGGAUCCAUGGGGAAAAUAUGAGCAAGUUUUUAAAAUUAAAUUCCCAUGUUUGGGAAUACUCCCAUAUAUUAGACAUUCGGCAUUCUUCUAUAGUGUGGAUAAAUGACUUAGAAAAUGAUGGUUUGUAUGUUACAUGGCCUACAAGUUGCGAAGAAUUUCUGAAACCAGGAUUCCCUGGAAGUGUGCCUUCUGUAAGGCGUAAUUUUCAUAAUUUGGUUCUGUUUAUUGAUCCUGCUCAAGAAUAUACAUUGGAUUUUAUAGCAUUUGCUGAAUAUUUCUAUGUUCGUAAAGUACCUCUUAGAAUUGGUUUUGUGUUCAUUCUUAAUACUGAUGAUAUAGUUGAUGGAACAAAGGAUGCUGGAGUUGCUCUUUGGCGAGCUUUCAAUUACAUUGCAGAAGAACUUGGCAUAUCAGAAGCAUUUAUUUCCGUAGUACAUAUGUACCAAAAUGUGAAGAAUAGAAAUGUACUCACUGUGGAUAAUGUGAAGAACGUUCUUCAGAAUAAAUUUCCUCAUGCUAAUAUUUUGGAUAUUUUGGGAAUUUAUUCUCAGUAUGAUAAAGAAAGAAAGGCAGGAGCAAGCUUUUACAAGAUUACUGGUCUGGGCCCUUUACCUCAAGCUCUUUAUAAUGGUGAACCCUUGAACAAAGAAGAGAUGAAUAGAAAAGAACUAGGAAUGGCUAUUAGUGACAAAAUGAUGGAUACAUCUGUAGAUUUACAAAGAGAUGUUAUUAUGGGCACAUUAAAUGAUAGAAUGAAUGCAAUUGAUUUCUUAAUGGAUAAGAAUAAUGUUGUACCCCGUAUAAAUUCUUUGAUUUUGAGUACCAAACCGCAGUACCUUAAUUUAAUACCAUCAUCAGUAACUGCUGAUAUUGAAGAUUUCUCUACUUUUUCUUUCUUGGAUUCACAUGAUAAGAGUGCUGUAAUUGCAAAGAACAUGUAUUAUUUAACCCAAGAAGACUAUUUGAAACUUUCAGAUGAUGUGAUUUCUUCAGUCACUCUCUGGAUUAUUGCUGAUUUUGAUAUGCCAUCUGGGAGAAAACUACUUUUUAAUGCAUUGAAGCACAUGAAAACAAGUGUUCACAGUCGACUGGGGAUUAUUUAUAAUCCUACAUCAAAAAUAAAUGAAGAGAACACAGCUAUUUGUAGAGGAAUUUUGGCAGCUUUUCUGACGCAGAAAGACAACUUUUUGAGAAGCUUUCUUGAGAAACUGGCAAAGGAAGAAACUGCUACAGCUAUUUACUCUGGGGAUAAAAUCAAAACAUUUCUUACUGAGGGAAUGGAUAAGAGUGCUUUUGAGAAGAAAUAUAACACCAUUGGAGUGAAUAUUUUCCGAACUCAUCGGUUGUUCUGUCAAGAUGUACUAAAGUUGCGUCCGGGGGAAAUAGGUGUUGUCAGCAAUGGCAAAUUUUUAGGACCUUUAGAUGAAGAUUUAUAUGUAGAAGAUUUUUACUUAUUGGAAAAAAUUACACUUAGUAAUGUAGCAGAGAAAAUUAAAGGUAUUGUUGAAACAAUGGAAAGCAAUUCAAAGAACAUAAGUGAACUUAUUAUGAAGGUUGAUUCCCUUGUUUCUUCUUUGCCUAAUCGUGGAUCUCGGUAUGAUGUCACAUUUCUUAAAGAGAACCACAGCAUUAUAAAGAUGAGUCCUCAAGAGAAUGAUAUGUUCUUUGAUGUCGUUGCUAUUGUUGAUCCAUUGACAAGAGAAGCACAGAAGAUGGCACAGAUAUUAAUUGUACUUGGAAAGAUUAUCAACAUGAAGAUGAAGUUGUUCAUGAACUGUAGGGGUAAGCUUUCAGAAGCCCCUUUAGACAGCUUUUACCGUUUUGUUCUGGAGCCAGAAGUGUUGUCAGGGUCUGAUAACGUUCCUUCUCUUGGACCCAUGGCAAAAUUUGUGGAUAUUCCUGAAUCACCUCUUCUAACCCUCAACAUGAUUACUCCAGAAGGCUGGUUGGUUGAAAUAGUACACAGCAAUUGUGACCUUGAUAAUAUUCACUUAAAGGAUAUUGAGAGAACUGUUACAGCAGAAUAUGAACUAGAAUAUCUACUACUUGAAGGACAUUGCUUUGAUUCAAUGACAGAACAACCUCCUCGGGGUCUGCAGUUUACACUAGGCACAAAAACUCAACCUGUUAUGGUAGAUACAGUAGUGAUGGCAAAUCUUGGUUAUUUUCAAUUAAAAGCAAACCCAGGUGCUUGGAUACUGAAAUUACGUGAAGGAAAGUCUGAAGAUAUUUAUCAAAUAGUUGGGCAUGAAGGAACUGACUCUCAACCAGACCUGGAGGAUGUCAUUGUCGUAUUGAACAGUUUCAAAAGCAAGAUCCUGGAAGUACAAGUGCAAAAAAAACAAGACAAAAUUAAGGAAGAUAUCCUUACUGAUAAAGAUGAAACAAGCAAAGGAAUGUGGGAUUCCAUUAAAAGUUUCACAAGAAGGUUGCAUAAAGAAGAUGACAAAGAUAAAAAAGAUGUUCUGAACAUUUUUUCAGUUGCUUCGGGCCAUUUAUAUGAGCGCUUUUUAAGAAUUAUGAUGCUCUCUGUUUUGCGUAACACUAAAACACCUGUGAAAUUCUGGUUUCUAAAAAAUUAUCUCUCACCAACAUUUAAAGAGGUGAUUCCUCACAUGGCUAAGGAAUAUGGAUUCCAGUAUGAGCUAGUCCAAUACAGGUGGCCUCGUUGGCUUCAUCAACAGACUGAAAAGCAAAGGAUUAUUUGGGGUUACAAAAUUCUUUUCCUUGAUGUCCUUUUCCCACUAGCAGUGGACAAAAUCAUUUUUGUUGAUGCUGACCAGAUUGUGAGACAUGAUCUAAAGGAACUUCGAGAUUUUGAUCUGGGUGGAGCUCCUUAUGGGUACACUCCCUUCUGUGAUAGCCGCACUGACAUGGAUGGAUAUCGUUUCUGGAAAACAGGAUACUGGGCAUCACAUCUUUUAAGAAGGAAAUACCAUAUCAGUGCCUUAUAUGUAGUGGAUCUGAAGAAGUUUAGGAGGAUUGCAGCAGGUGACAGGCUCAGGGGCCAAUACCAAGCUCUCAGUCAAGAUCCAAAUAGUCUAUCAAACCUAGAUCAGGAUCUUCCCAAUAAUAUGAUUUACCAAGUUGCCAUUAAAUCUCUUCCUCAAGACUGGCUGUGGUGUGAAACUUGGUGUGAUGAUGAAUCCAAACAAAGAGCCAAAACAAUUGAUUUGUGCAAUAAUCCCAAAACAAAAGAACCCAAACUAAAAGCUGCAGCUAGGAUUAUCCCAGAAUGGGUGGAGUAUGACACUGAGAUACGCCAACUGUUAGAUCAGCUUGAAAGCAAGAAGAAAAAUGCAGUUUUGGCUCAUGAUGAACUCUAGCACUGGUUUUAUAAGAAGAUGAAAGUAUGACAAGACACCUGCCACUUGCUGGAGAAGUGUGGAGCUACUGAUAAGACUAUGGAAGUUUUAUUAGAUCAGUGACAUAUUGUUCAGUUUUAAAAAUCUCAUUUAAAAUACAUGUACUUAAGUUUAAUUUAUGUAUGAAAUGACAAUUGAGUAUUUAAAUUAUUCAUUUUUCUUGAUUGCUUAAAACACUGUAUUUUUACCAGUUAAAAUUUGAUGUUCUGCCAGAUAAUCUCAUAGAAAGUAUCUGACUAGCUGGUCCUUUUCUAUGUUUAUCAAGUCAUCCAUAUCCAAUUCCAGCUAUAUGUGCACCCAUAUUUUCUUAUUUAUAAAAUUAUUUAAAAUCAGAGAAAUCUAUUGUUUUGUUCUGAGAAAAAAAAGACUUGGUUAUCUCUGAAUAAUAAAAACUAAGUCCAUUUAUGUCUUAACUACUGUU